AUGCCUGGUGAUCAUCAGAAAUACCCAUGUGAUGUAUCAGACUCUGCCUCUGUCAAUGAUCUAGUAAGUAAGAUUAGGGAGAGGUAUUCAUCAGCACCACAUGUAGCUGUGAACUCUGCUGGCAUCACUCGAGACAGGACAAUGAUGAAACUCACAGAGGAGGACUUUGACAAAGUAAUAGAUGUUAAUCUCAAGGGAACUUGGUUGUUAAACAGGGCAGUAGGAAAGGCAAUGUUGGCUGACAAGGUUCCUGGCUCCAUUGUCAACAUAUCAAGUCUUGUGGGAAAGACAGGAAAUAUAGGACAAACCAAUUAUGCUGCCUCAAAAGCUGGAGUGAUAGGCCUCACAAAAUCCAUGGCCAAAGAAAUGGGAAAGUUUAACAUUAGAGUGAAUGCUGUUUUACCUGGGUUUAUCGAGACCCCUAUGACUGAUGUUGUCCCAGAACAUCUCAUACAAAUGACCAAAAUGUUGAUUCCACUUGGGCGCCUUGGUAACCCAGAAGAAAUAGCAAAUACUUGUGCCUUCUUAGCGUCUGACAAGAGUAGUUAUAUAACUGGUGCAACAAUUGAAGUUACGGGUGGCCUAUUCAUGUAAUUAGGAGUAAGAACUGCUGUUUUGUAAUUAGAUGUGAUUGUCUCAAUUUGUCUGUGAUAAAAAAAAAAUUGCCAGAAUUAGAUACAGGAACAGUGAACUAGGGUGAUACAAGUACAUUUGUGACACUAUGCAGAGUACAUGUAAAUUAACUGCUAUUCAGAGAGGACUAGUUCUGCCUGAUGAUACACUUCCUUUGAAGCAGUUGACUGUUAGUCAAGCUGGGGGUGGUCUUGUACUGGGAUGCUGCUGUAGGAAGUGGGAAUCCUUAUCUCUGCCAGGAGUUUGAUGGAGGAAUAGGGAUUGGGGUCCUUCUUGGCAGGCUUCUUUGUAACUGUGAAGAGAGAAAAUACAUGUUUGAGUAAUUUUACUGAAGAUACAUGAAUAUAGGACACAUGAUUGUGGAUCAAUACUAUUUCUUACUAUGUACAUGUAUUAGGUUUCUUACCAACUGUCCACAGAAAUAUGCUGGGAUGUUCAGGUGUAUGGCAUGUGAGG